AUGGUUUUUCCUCCUUCAUUAACUCAAUAUAUCAAGGCGUUCUACAGCUUUUUUGGUAACCAACCGCAAAGUUUUGAUCAUCUGGAAGAUAUUACUGCCCCAGAUAACAUUCAUCCACAGCUUGAUGAUAAAUGUCUUAAAGAAAAAAUUGAUUAUCGAAAGUUGGAUUUAGCGAUUUCGAGAUGGCUUACAAACAAUAAGAACAAAGCUAUUCCCAAAUUUAUAUGUCUUGUUGCCCAAGAAAUUACCGGUCUUAUAAUAAAUCAGUCUAAAGACUUGCAUUGCUUGAGGGUAUCUAAAGGUCCAGAUAAUAUUAAUGUACCAAAUUUUAAAAUUUGUACUGGUUUUGAAGAGUCUGUUUCUGGACUUCGAACUUUUCAACUAUCUGGAAUUUUCAGAGAGGAAAGCGAAAUUAAUAAUAUCGCUUAUUUAACUUCCGUUAUUUCUACGAAAUGUCAAAAUAUAGAACAUUUACAUAUAAAUCUAUCAUGUUCAUAUGAGUCAAGAAUACAAAAAAAUUUGUUAAAUAUAGUAGGUUCGCAGAAACAACUUCGAAAAUUUGAAUGUUACGUUAAAAAUACUUCGCACUUUCUUCUAAAACUUUCUUGUCAAGCUGAACAUUUGGUUGAAUUAUCUUUGGGAGGGAUCGAAUAUAAUAGCAUAACGGUAUUAUAUCCAUUAAUAUCUUUUACUAAUCUAGAGAAACUAAAGAUUUUCAACUAUUAUGAUUAUACAAAAUAUCACCCAACCUGUAUAGAAUCGAAUCGUCUUCAUAAUCUUAGCAUUAGUGAAUUGCAUUUAAUGGGUGCUUCUGUUAAUGAAUUAUUUUUUGAAUAUUUAAUGAGAAUGGUACGAAACUCUUUGAAGAAAUUAGUUUUAGAUCAAAUCGGUGACGAGAAAUUUCUAUCUAUAAUAUUGAAAUGUCCAUAUUUAACUCACUUAGCUUUAUCAAUCAGACCAGAUUCACCAAAUCUUCCACAACUUGCAAAUUUAAAUUUAGAACAUUUGAUUCUCAAUGAUUCAACUCCAGAUCGAUUAGAUAAUUAUAUUUUAAAUAAUAUAGAAAGUUUUCCAGAUACACUUCGUCGUCUCGAUCUUCUUAUUUGUAUUUCUCCCGAAGUUUUACAAUAUAUUUUAGCAAAAUGCAUAUUUCUUGAAACUCUUGGUAUAUAUUUACAACUUCCAAGAGAUGAUCCUAAAUAUAUCAAAGUUGUUGUUAGAUAUGUUCAAUCAUCUGGCAAUUUUACUACAUUAAGAUAUAUUAGAUAUUGUUCUGGUCAAAAACUAAUUCCACUUUCUAAAGCUAUAUGUGGAUAUGCAAAAAUGUACAUAGAAAACAUUGUAAAUGAAAUUUAUAAUCCUUGGGAAUAA